CAUCGGCAAAGUCCCCGCUUAAUUAUUCUCUCAAUAAUUCGGAUAUCAACUUUCCAUCUAUCAUUGUUAACAAGGAGUUCUAUCAGCGGACGGAUCAUACUAUUCUUCACACCUAUCCCGCCGAGGCCUCAUCCAAUCCUUGACGUCUGUCACUGGCUUCCAAUUUUACUGUCACAAUCAAGUAGCUGUGGUAUCGACUAUAACGGUUGUAUCAUCUACCGGAGUGACAGCAGCACUUGAACUUCCACGAAUAUGUCUAGUACUGAUACCCUCCGCACGCGACUCAGCUACCAACCUCAGCCCUUGAAAUUCGGCACAAGUGGUCGCCGGGGCGAAGUAAUACAUUUGACCCAGCUCGAGAUAUAUACCAAUGUCGUCGCCGAAAUCCGUUAUCUGAAAUCUCUGCCUCUCAGCGAUGGCGGAAUUCAAGCUGGUGACGACUUCUACUAUGCUCAUGACCUUCGCCCGAGCUCGACGGCUUACGUUGAGAACCAGCGGGGCGCACUUUGUCAGGCUGUGGAACAAGCUUUAAGGGACAGUGAUAUGCUACCUAUCAAUCUUGGCGCGAUCCCAACCCCUGCUCUUACAUACUAUGCUUUAAAGCAUGGUAAGGGAAGCAUCAUGGUCACUGGCAGCCAUAUCCCUUUUGACCGCAAUGGGUACAAACUCAACACCUCCAAGGGUGAGCUCUUGAAGAAGAACGAGCUGCCAAUCAAUGAAGCGGUCAAGAUCACUCGUGAGGAACUUCUUGACCAACCGUACACAGAGUCUAUCUUCGAUCACCAGGGCGCGUUUCGUCAAGUGUCAGGUGACCUUCCAUUGGCCAUACCCGAAGGCAAAACUACUUAUAUCCAACGCUACCUCGAUUUCUUCAAGGGCGAGACGCUCUCCGGGAUGAAGCUCCUCGUGUACCAACACUCCGCCGUCGGUCGCGAUAUUCUCGUUGAAAUCCUUCAAUUGCUUGGAGCCAAGGUCACUGCCGCUGGAAGAAGCGAUACGUUUGUUCCAAUUGACACAGAAGCUAUUGACAAGCCCCAGUUUGACACAGUCAAAAGUCUGUACGACAAUGCUGGUGGAUCCUUUGACGCCGUUGUUUCCACGGAUGGAGACAGCGAUCGCCCACUCAUUAUGGCUCCGGCAGGAGACAAGCUUCGUUUCUUUGGGGGCGACUUGCUCGGUAUGAUUGUCGCCGAGUUUCUGGGUGCCGACUCCAUUGUUGUUCCGAUCAGUACCAAUGAUGCUAUUGACCGUGGUCUACUAGCCAAUGUCACUGAGGCGAAAACCAAAAUUGGAAGCCCUUAUGUGAUCGCCGGCAUGCAACACUCCACUCAAAACGGUCGUUCUCGAGUCUGCGGAUGGGAAGCCAACGGCGGGUUCUUGACUGGCUCUGAUGUUAACCGCAAUGGCAAAACGCUCGCUGCGCUCCCGACAAGAGACGCAGUGCUGCCACUCCUGUGUGCUUUAUUCGCCGCGCAUCAACGCCAGAUCACACUCUCAGAACUUUUCUCGACGCUGCCUCAGCGGUUCAGCAAGGCAUCAUUGAUUCGGAAGUUUCCUCGAUCGACGAGCAUGAGGAUUAUAGAGAAAUUUUCCCCUCCUCUUCCCGGAAUGCAGGAGAUCUCCUUUGACCCCGACAAUCAAAAUCGGCUGCUCAUCUACGAUUCCAAUAGAGCCAUUAUGCAAGCCACAAAACCACAAGCUGAGCACCUCGACCAGAUGCGUCAACGCCUCCAGUCUGUGUUUAGCUCCGAGGCCGGCUUCGGCACAAUCGCCCGCCUGAACUACACUGAUGGAGUCCGCAUGAUCUUUAGCAAUGGAGAUGUCGCUCACUUCCGGCCAUCUGGGAAUGCUGACGAACUGCGCAUCUACGCAGUUGCCGACAAGCAGGAUCGUGCCAAUGCCAUCGCUAGUCAAGGAGUUGCAGAGCCUGAUGGCCUCCUGAGGCGUCUCGAGCGAAUGGUCCAAAAUUCCUGAGGCAUUGUGUUUCUGUCUUAACAUAAGCAAAGCUCCAAGUUUCAAGGCGGCGGUAGAGGUCUCGGUGGCUUGGAAACAGUCAUCUCUCCCUGGUCAUCCGAUGGCAGGAAAUUCUGUGGAGACAGAUAGUCCGGAAUCUAAUGCAGUUUGGAUUGAAGCCUGAGGACUAGAUAGAUAUUGAUCCUCUUUCCGACUUUUCUGGUGGGUAGACAAGAUGGUUCUCUGGCUCGAGACUUUAUCCCCAGGUGACCACGUCGACAUAGUUGAGUUACAUAUCCUCAUCUCAUCAUUUCUUCACUAAUAUGACUUCUUCCUGAAA